CAGCCGGCGGGCGCCACCAUGAGCGGCUCCGGCUCCGCCUCGCACUGCGAGACCCAAGAGCCGCUGUCGGCCGAGGAGAGCCCGGCCAUCAGCGCCGUCAUGUUCUCGGCCGGGCUGCUGGGCAACCUGUCGGCGCUGGCGCUCCUGGCCCGGCGCCGGCUGGGGCGGCGCGGCCGCCCGCUCUCCCUCUUCCACGUGCUGGUGACCGUCCUGGUGCUCACCGACCUGCUGGGCACCUGCCUGGUCAGCCCCGUGGUGCUGGCCUCCUACGGCCGCAACCGCACGCUGGUGGCGCUGGCCGAGGACCGGCGGCUCUGCCUCUACUUCGGCUUCGCCAUGAGCUUCUUCGGCCUGGCCACCAUGCUGGUGCUCUUCGCCAUGGCGCUGGAGCGCUGCCUGGCCCUGGGCCAGCCCUACCUCUACGAGCGCUUCGUGCGCCGCCGCUCGGCGCUGCUACUGGCCCUGCUGGCCCUCUACGCCUUCGCCGCCGCCUUCUGCGCCCUGCCGCGGCUGGGCUUCGGCGCCACCGUGCAGUACUGCCCGGGCACCUGGUGCUUCAUCCAGAUGCGCGCCGCCCAGGGCGCCGCCGGCUGGGACGCCGCCUACUCGCUGCUCUACGCCACGCUGCUGCUGCUGCUCAUCCUGGCCGUGCUGCUCUGCAACCUGAGCGUCACCCGCAACCUGGUGGGCAUGCACCGCCGCGGGCAGACCUCCCGCCGCCUGGCCUCGCUGGAGCAGCCCGCCGGGCGCCGCAGGCUCUCCAUGUCCGAGGAGGUGGAUCACCUCAUCCUCCUGGCCAUCAUGACCAUCACCUUCAUCGUCUGCUCCCUGCCUUUCACGGUGA